GAAAGGGAGCGCGGCCACUGUGCAUCCAGCCUACGGUCACUCGCAGGAUGAUGGAUGAUUUCCCGGGCCGCGGGUCCAGCGCCCCAGCUCUGCGCGGAGACGUCAGAGCGCUCGGGUCCGCGUUGGAAGAGCCCCCAGCCCCUCCCCGCGCGGGGCGUCUAUAUAAAGUCGGGGCCCUAGUGGAGGCUGCAGCGGCGGCGGAUGCGGAGGGAGUGGCGGCGCUGCUCCGAGGUCAGGUCCUCCCGUCGCUGCUCCGCGGGGAGAGCGCGCUCGCCCCCCAGUCUCGCCACGGCGCUCCGAGGGCUUCCCGCCGGGAUCAUGCGCGGCCCCGAGCUCCGGCUCGUCCUGCUGGCGCUGGUCCUCUGCCAGGCGCCCCUGGGUCCAGCCGCACCUGUGUCGGUGGGCGGAGGUACAGUGCUGGCCAAGAUGUACCCUCGUGGCAACCACUGGGCUGUGGGGCACUUAAUGGGGAAAAAGAGCACAGGAGAGUCCCGCCAUGUGCUGGAAGGAGAUGGCCUGAAGGAGCUACUAAGGGACGACAUUCAGUGGGAAGAAGCUACAAGGAAUUUGCUGGGCCUCAUAGAAGCAAAGGGCAACAGCAGUCAUCGGUCGCCUCAGCUCAAGCCCUUAAGCACCCACCAGCCCACUUUGGACACAGAGGAUAGCAGCAACUUGAAAGAUUUGGUAGACUAUCUGCUCCAGGGUCUUAAGGCGAAGGAAGGAGCCCUCAGCUAAACAAUCAGUGGCAACCACGGCCUCAAAGGAGCAGAACAAAAUCCUUAAGAGACUGCAUUCUGCAAGCAUCAAUUCUACUGGAUCACCAAGAUCUCCUUUGUGCAAAACACUUUGCUAUUCUUGUAUCUUUCAACCUUGACUAAAUUCGUGAUCAUCAAGCAGUAUCAUCUGGCUUGAACUUGUUUGCUGUGAACAAUUGUCCAAAACAGAACUUUCCAAUGAUUGCUUCACACAUAUAGGCUACUUGUUAGAUUCAGGGCUCCAGUCUGUUACCAUUCACAAUAAAGCUUCAACACGGUGUCCAAA